UCCAGCGCCGGUUGGUACGUGCGGACUAGUGAGGCGCCUCUCGUUCCAAAUCGGGGCCAGACCCCGUCCACGAUCCUCGAUUCGCCACCACAGAGUCGCGCCGAAUAUAAAGUUAUAAACCCUAUCCCUCUCGUCUCUCGAACCCUCCUCCCUUGCCUUGUUCCCGACUCCACUUCGGAUUCUUCACGUCCUAUCCGAUUGAAAUCGAGCAAUUACGAGCUAUGAGACCGCUUGAUUUCCCAACACUUGCUUGUCGCUGCAGCUGAGGGGGCGACGAUGGCGACGGCGCCGCACCAUCGGCUCACUCGUGGCGGCGGCGAGGCUCGGACGCCGCCGGGGUGGGUGGCUGGGCCCAUCACCAGCACUUCGAAGAUUUAUGCUUCGCAUAAAGCUUUUGAGAUAAUACCUAUCCGCAAAGGCGUUACUGAUCCUAAUGACCAAAAUUAUAGUCCUCGCAUUCGGAAGAAGACCUGCUGUAUAACGUGCUCGCUGCGUGUGCGUGAUACAGACGUUCUUAGUACAAGGUGGCUAGAGUAUAAGAGACAUUGGCGGCCUCUUCAGAGGGCGAGAAAGGUCAGGCGUGCAACUCCAUUUGCUUCUCCUGAUGACGGCGUGACAGUCAAUGGAGUCCCGCAAACAAGUUCGAGUAGUGAGUUGGAGCAAAUGAGGGUUAAGUUGGAUCGAGCUUUACAAAAUGAAGAUCUAAGCAGCGGACUCAUCCAGUCCAUACAUGAUGCGGCAAGGGCUAUUGAGCUAGCCAUUCUAGAACAUAGCUCGUCAUUAAAAGACACUUGGUUUCGGAAGACAUGGCUCGGUGUGGACAAAAAUGCAUGGGUUAAGACACUGUCUUAUCAGGCUGCUGUGGAUUGUUUAUUAAAAGCUGUCAUUGAGGUUUCAUCGAGAGGAGAUGGUAGAGACAGGGAUAUCAAUAUUUUUGUUAAAUGCAGUUUAGUGCGGCUAUGCGGUCCAUUAGAGAGUAUAACCCAGGAACAGCUGUCUAGGAAGCAACCGGCAGCAUAUGAAUGGUUUUGGUCCCAUCAACACCCAAUGGUCGUGACGACAUUUGUAAAUCUUUUUGAAAAGGAUCCCUGCUUUAGUGCUGCAACAUCAAUAUGCUGUAAGGGGGAGUCGACAAGUUCAUCUACUGCAAGUGAUCUCUCACUACUUAUGCUUGCUCUGAGCUGCCUUGCUGCCGUUACAAAGCUUGGAUCAGCAAAAGUUUCUUGUCCACAGUUCUUUUCCAUGGUCCCAGACGUUACUGGUAGAUUCAUGGAUAUGCUCCUUGAUUUUGUCCCAAUAAGUGAAGCAUACAAGUCCAUGAAAGCUAUAGGCCUUCAGAGAGAGUUUCUUUUCCAUUUUGGCCCUAGAGCUGCUAUAGGCAAAUUUCUUCAUGAUCAUGGAGUCGAGGAGAUAUCAUUUUGGGUUGAUCUUGUUCAAAAACAGUUGCAACGGGCUAUAGACCGGGAAAAGAUAUGGUCAAGACUGACAACAUGUGAAAGUAUUGAGGUAUUGGAAAAGGAUUUAGCAAUAUUUGGAUUUUUUAUUGCGUUGGGCAGAAGUACGCAAUCUUAUCUGUCUUCCAAUGGUCUCACUGCUAUAGAUGACCCGAUACAAGACAUUAUAAGUUAUCUCAUAGGGGGGAGUGUGUUGUAUUAUCCACAAUUAUCAUCCAUUAGUUCCUAUCAGCUGUAUGUGGAGGUAGUCUGUGAGGAACUGGAAUGGCUUCCCUUCUAUCAAAGUACUUCAUCCAUCGCAUCAUCUGAUGGUAAUGUUAAAGGAGAAGGAACAUCUACAGAGGAAGUAAUUUCCAGAGUUUUAAGUGUAUGCUCUUACUGGAUGACUAGUUUUAUUAAGUACAGCACAUGGCUUGAGAAUCCAUCACAUAUAAAGGCAGCAAGAUAUCUAUCUAAAGGACACAGCAUGUUGAAUGAUUGUAUGACGGAGCUUGGUAUAGCAAAGAAUAGGAGAAAAGAUACUAAGGAGUAUUUUGAUUCAAUUGAACAACCUAGGGCAAGCCUACCAGUUGAUUUGGACCUAGAUUCUUUUGAUAAGGCGCUUGAAAGUGUCGAGGAAGCUUUGGUUAGAUUGGAGAAUUUAUUGCAAGAAUUACAUCUUUCCAGUUCAAACUCCGGAAAAGAACAUUUAAAAGCGGCCUGCUCUGAUCUUGAGAAGAUCAGAAAGCUUAAGAAGGAAGCUGAGUUUCUUGAGGCAUCUUUUAGAGCAAAGGCAGCAUCACUUGAGCAGGUUGACACUGAUGACAGCCCGCUCUCAUCUGGUAGUGAGCAGGGACGAAUUAAGAAUGGGAAAACUUCCAAUGAGGCUGCAACAUCUACCAAUCCAAUGGAGAGGGUGGAAAAUGAACCUCGUGGUUUUUGGACUUCCUUGGUUUGGAGUUCCACUAAAAAGAGUGAGCCCGGAAAACAAACUGCAGAUCAAGAUGCUGCCAUUGCCAAAAUGAAUAAUCAAGAUUCAGAAUCAAAUGAUAUUCGCCGCUUUGAGGCAUUGAGAAAUGAACUGAUUGAGCUUGAAAAGAGAGUCCAAAGAAGUACAGAUGAUGCUGAAAAUGAGGAGGAGACUGAUCCUGUAGAUGACAGAGAUAAGCAUGCCCCUGCUGCAAAGCCUCUUAUGUUAUUGCCCACUUCUAAGAAAGAUAAUAUGAUUGCCAAGUCAAUGGAGAAACUUAAGGAGACCACGACGGAUGUAUGGCAGGGAACUCAAUUGUUAGCCAUAGAUGUGGCAGCUGCCUCGGUUCUACUGAAAAGAUCACUUACUGGAGAUGAGCUUACAGAUAAGGAAAAGAAGGCUCUUCAGAGAACUGUUACUGAUUUGGCAUCUGUCGUGCCAAUUGGGAUACUCAUGCUUCUACCUGUUACUGCUGUGGGGCAUGCGGCCAUUCUUGCUUUUAUUCAAAGAUAUGUUCCUACCCUGAUUCCAUCCACAUACGCCCCGGAGAGGUUAAAUCUCCUAAGGCAGCUUGAAAAAGUAAAGGAAAUGGAGACAACAGAGUCAAAUCCUGAUGAAGCAGCAGAGGCAGUCAGUUUGACUAGCAGCUCAAAAUAACGGUACCUACUGAGUUUGAAUACACUCCUAUCAACAAUUUGCAGUUCUUAACAGAUGUUGAUGGCAAAACCCAUCCUGUUGCUAGCUGCGGCAAACAUGCAUGAUAUUCGCCGAGAAACCUGGCAUUGUGUGAAUUUCUAGCCCUCUAUAAGACUAUAAUCCGUUAUUGUAUGUUGUCUUUCAUCCUGUAAGCAUAAGAGGACUGUACAGAGAUUCUUUUAAAGUGCAUUCAUGGUAACUUGUAGCACAAAAUAUCUCUCAUUUCUCACCAGCCCAAGCUUCUUACUUUAUUAUGAGGUCAAUAUGUAACUUUGUACCUGUAAAACUGAUGUAAAAUCAUAGAAACCAGAUAACAUUUUUUUUUUUUAUAAAAUUCAACACAAUCACUAGAUGUUAUAGUUGAACCAUAAAUUAAGAUAUUAGUUUCUGAAA